AUGAGAGUAAGUUAUGAAUGGAGGAUGUGGCUGGGAUGCCUCCAAAGCUCUCAUGGAUAUCUAAUUAUUGUCAUUAUCUAUUUUAACGGAAACUCCUUGUUGUCUAUCAACAAGGAUCGAGUAUUUCGACAAAAUCCAAUCGUAUUCGGGAACUUAGAUACUGUUCCUGCCAGUUCCGAUCAGUUGUACUCUUCAUUUUCGUACUACCGACAGGGUUUUUAUUAUCAAAACCAGCUAUCCCUUUUAAAGAUAAUGUACCGUUUAACUCGUGGAAGAAGUGUUUUUACAAUAUACAGCUUUUUCCAAAGUACAUAUGAUUAUCUCUUACACACAAGGCUGCUACAAUACAGUGCACAUUAA